CUGGGGCUUGUGCGAAUUCCCCAAAAGCAAGAGUAGCAAACGGCCCAGCUCUUCUCCAGUGCAAACGCCGCGCAAGGAAUCUCAUCGCGCGGUGUCUCUUUUUGUUCUUUGCCCCGCUAUGUCCCUGAUUCGCAGGCGCGAUUUUGCGCCGAGCCGUUGUCGCGAGGUUCAUUUGUGUUGGGUCUAGUCUAUGCUGGUUGGCAUGAUGGAAAGAAGACCGAUGGAAAUGUGCAGAACGCAUCAAAAUGCCAUCGGUCUACGUAUGGCAACCCAACAUAAUCAGAACAGAGUCCAGAUAUCAAUCGGCUUUUGGAGCGAAACACGAGGGGACUACACUUAGGAAUCACUUAGGCCAAAUGGUCCUUUAUUGAGAAAGUCCACUAGUAAUAAAUGAUAUUUCAGCUGCUCUGGCACUUCCCCUUCAGCAAAACUUAAAAAAAACCAACUCUAGAAUCAUUUUUAUGUGUACUUACUAUGAGCUUGAGCCAGCGCCACAAAUUAUUGCGAUGAGGCAGCCCCGAUUUUUUCUUUGUGUGAUGCAGGUUGCACCUCCACCUAGUGGCAGCAACUUCUCAUUUUCAUCACGUCUUGUACUCAAGUCUAGGUAGUUGACAAGUGUGGCAAGGCGAGGCAGUCUUCCCUCUGAUCAACGUGAAAGGUGCAUCUCCGGUGCCCAUCAUGCUUCGUUUCUCCGAUCAUGUUGUCCUCCGGCUCCAGCAAGGUCCUCGUACAACUAUGAUCCGCCGCAGCAGUUCGAAGCCCGCCUCUGCUCCAACCAGGACGUCGGCGUCGCGAUUGCCGUUUGUCUGCCCGGCUCUUUCCUACUUUUUCAACUGUCGUGGCGCGCAUGAACGACUGUUUUUCUUCUUUCUCCUACUCAGCUCCGCAGGAAACACCAUCAGGGACAUCUGGUUUUUUCAGGAUGCAAAAAACCCAGUGAGGAUGACACUCGGCGUCGAGGGAACGCGAACGAAAAGUUCUCGUGCGGACCUUCAAGAUGAAGGAGUUGUCAUCAUUCUCCCAGACGGGGAAGAAGAUGUUAUUUUCCGCGAUGACGAACGUUCGGAAAGAACUUCGGAAGAUGCAGCGCGCGAAGCCGUGGAGGACGUCCCUUGGGAUCAGGAGGAUCAACUUGGCGGAACGAAGCGAAGACAAGGCGAGCUGUCGAAACGAGAGGACGGUCACGACGGCGAAAAGUUCAAAAAUCCAGCGCAGUUCAGUACUAGAAUAAGUGCGGUCGCAGUUGCAGGGGGUGGCAGUGAGAAAACAUCAACAGCUAUUUCCACAUCGGGAGAAAUAUUGCCUCCCUCGACCCUGGUGGAAGAAGGGUGCAUCGGCGGAGGUGGCGGCUCUAGUGCAGGUGGAGUGCUGUCUAGUACUACUCAACCCGCGCCAAAGCUGAAACCACCGGCUGCAACUCCGAGUACAACCGGAGUUGCCGGCGCACAACAAGCGGCAGUGCCAGCAUCUGGGAGUUCCUCUGCAGCAGCAGCAGGGGCUGGAGCGAUCGCGCAUCAACCGGUACUGCAACCUGCAAGUCCUCCUGCUGCGCAGCAGCAGCAGCAGGGCCCGCAACGUGUAGCGGCGCAGCUUGGGGCGGUAGGUGGUCCAGCCGCACAAACACCCCCAAUGGCGACGGGCGCGGCGGGUCAACAUCAACCUGCGGCAGGACAAGUUGUGGCCGCAUCCGCUGCGGCAGCAGCUUCGCCGGAAAUUGGUCCAACGCAGAAAGCUGUGGAAGAAAUGCAGCGAGAGGUGACUGAAGCGGUGACGAAGCAGAUCAAUCGGCCGAAAUUGGAGCUCGUUGACUUGCGAUCCGGGACGGUACCGGAGAAAGAGGAAGAGCUUCGAGAAAAUUUUCUAACGGCCAUCGCGAAGCAGGCUGAACGUGGCGCGGACAAGAACAAGCUCUCGCAGUUGAUUGCAAAAGCAAAAAAUGAACUCGAGGCCUACGAGGUCUGGGUUAUGCACGUGUGAAAAAAGUUGCAUGCAGCUCUACACCGAGAUGAGCGACCAACAGCAAAUACUGAGUAUUUUCGAAGAGAGGCAAUGCUGUGGUCAUGACCUCAUGCAUCACUCCACAGCAUUCCUAUAUUAUUAAGUAAACGGAAAAACAAAAAACUGUGGUAGUGGUUCUGGACUUGGAGGUAGUCCCUUGCCUCGACUCUAUUUCUCGGCUGUAGUUGGUCUGCUUCUUAUUUUGCGGGUGUGCUGUGGCAGCGCAAUUUUUUUUCCGGGAUAUCGCUAGCGGCCGCAUUUCAGAUAGAGAGGCUGGCGUUCCUUGUCCAGUUGGAGCGCGUCCUGCCGGACCGGGCGUCUGAAUUUCGAAGCAUUGCAAUGAAGCAGCUGGACGGCGAUAUCGUGCCGAAACGACUUGCACUCUCGCGGGAGUGGCACAACAUGCUGAUCGACGAUUUCCAAGCGAAAAAACCGGCGACUCAGAUUGCAAACAUAAGAUUGGCCGCUCUACGGAAGACGGAGCAAGAGUUGGAGGCCAAGGCUGAUGCGAUCGUGGCAGAACUGGGCAGCGUUCAGGAGAGAGCUGACCCGUCUGCAUUCCUCUCGUUGACCGCAGAUCAUGUAAUUGAUCGGCAAUCGCUCGCACAACUGGAACAAUCGGCGGACGGAACUUGGAAUGUGGACCACAUUGAACCGAUUGAUCCAAAAAAUUAUGAUGCGGAAGAGUUUUCGCGUGUGCCGAAAGCGGAGCAAGGGAUUCUCAACAAGGCUGAAUCUCCUGUCUUCUCUGACGAGAGCCAAAAAGCUGAAGCGCAACCGCAAGAAGAUGCGCAGGGCCAGGGGAAGGACGAGGAAGACGAACUGAAGACCAAACGCGCUGCCGGCGAGCGGGGUGGUGGACGAGACGGGGUUGGAUCGCCGGCCCGGCGCUUCCUGCAAACGGCCUGA